ACAUGUACACUGAUGAUCAGUGUAGCCCCAGCAGUGCCACCUGGCAGUGUCCAUCAGUGCCUUAUGUCAGUGCCUCGUGCCAGUGCCCAUCAGUGCCACAUCAAUGCCACAUAUCAGUGCCCAUCUGAGCUGCCUUGCAGUGUCGCCCAUCAGUGCCAGUCAGUGCCUCCUAACAGUGCCAGUCAGUGCUGCCUAUCAGUGCCAUGUAUCAGUGCUGCCUUUCAGUGCCCAUCAGUGAUGCCUGUUAAUGCCCAUCAGUGCCACCUACCAGUGCCUCCUCAUCAGUGCCCAUCAGUGCAGCCUCAUUAGCGCACAUCAGUGAAGGAGAAAAAUCACUUAUUUACAAAAUUUUAUAACAAAAACUAAGAAAAACAUACAUUUUUUUUUUUUUUUCAAAAUUUUCAGUGGUUUUUGGUUU